GAUACAUUCACGUGACAUUCAGUCCUCGUCACACAACAUACAAUGGAAUACCUUCUCGGAAUAGCAUUCGCUUUACUGUUUCCUACUACUUUGGCACUGUCGCUCGGCAUUGAACCGGAGAUUACCUUUCAACGGAUCGAGCAAACCAUGGGAUACGAUAUUUGGCACACCCACCUUCGGGUAACUAAAUUCAACAGAUCCUGUGCCAUCAUCAAUGGAACCGGAGACAUAUUCGUCGAUUUGGACAACAGCUACACGCUUCAAAUUGAAUUCGCGCACAGUCGACUGGGCAACAACCAGUUCAACAUAUCGCCGUUUAAAAUACCGGAGCAACCAUUUUGUCACUUCAUGAACGGAACCUAUCGGGAAUAUCAGUCGAUGUUCGUCAAUCGGUCCAACUUGCCCAUGGUGGGCCCCUCGGAAGGGCUGUGCCCGUUUCCGGCCGGACAGUACUGGAACAAGAACGUGAUGUUCGAUGCUAGCCAAGUGCCCAUUGCAAUGCCCGAGGGGUUUUGGCGCGUAACGUUGCUGGUCAAGAGGAAAAACAGCAGCGCGGACUUCAUAAUUUACUUGAAAAUGUCGAGGGAGUCGUUCUGGUGAGUG